GUACCGCGCCGCCCAAGACAAUUCCUCAGUUAGUAGUGAAGACAUCCGUCGUCGAGAGCUGUUUUAUUCUGUUGGAAUAUUGGUUACAUGGCCGAACGAUGUCGUUCUCUGCUGCUCUGACAGUGCUGUGUUCCAUCGCCGUGGCCGGCCCUGGUCCUGUAGGCGCACCGGAUCCGAGAUGUGGUAUUCCUGCGGUCGCGCGUACUGCCCCUGGGGAUCGCAUCGUCGGCGGAAAUGACGCAAACCACGGGGCGUGGCCAUGGCAGGUAUCCCUCCGCUACCUGGCUCACAGUGAUUUCCAUUUCUGCGGCGGUGCCCUAGUGCACCCACAGUGGGUGGUGACAGCAGCGCACUGCGUGGAUGAUGGAGACAGACCCUACGUAACAUUGGGAGAAAGCAGCCGUUCCAGCAAUGAUGGCACAGAACGCACGAUUCGGGCCAAAAAAGUCUUCAUUCACCCAAAAUACGGGUUCGCCUAUGACGUCGCUCUUCUGAAGUUGAGGAAAAGUGUUCGCUUCACCCCGUACAUCCGAGCUGUUUGCCUGCCCGAGUCUUCCACGGUUGUGCCCCCGGGGACGGUUUGCACCAUAACGGGCUGGGGAGCAACUUCGGAAGGCGGUUAUCUAUCCAAUCAGCUGCAGGAAGCGGACGUGCCGAUAGUGAGUGACUCGGACUGCUCCAGCUCGUAUCCCGGUUGGCUGGACUUUGACUCGGAGAUCUGUGCCGGCUACACGGCUGGAGGAGUCGACUCGUGCCAGGGGGAUAGCGGCGGCCCGCUGGUGUGGCUGACGGGAGGACAGUACCUGCUGAUCGGUUUAACCAGCUGGGGAGAGGGGUGUGCCCGGCCCAACCGCCCCGGUGUGUACACGCGCGUCUCUGGUGUGGUGAGCUGGAUCAAACGCACCAUCCGUAACAACUCCUAACCACGUAUCGCCUCUCUCU